AUGUCUGCAGCUCCUGAACAAGCAACUAAACCAAGUGGUGACUGGUCUCGAUUAUUACCGAAUAAAGUCGUUAUCGUUACCGGUGCUGGAGGUGGUAUUGGUUCUGCAAUCGCACAUACAUGUGUAUUACAUGGAGCACGUGUUGUAGUAGCUGAUAUUAAUAAAAAAGCAGCUGAUGAAGUUGUAACAAAAAUUAUUAGUGAAGAUGAAACAAAAAAAGAUUUCGUUAUUGCAAUAGAACUUGAUGUAACUGAUGAACAAGCUAUACAAAAUGCAGUAAAAUCUGUUGUUGACAAAUGGAAUACAGUUGAUAUUCUUGUUAAUAAUGCUGCUAUUUUUACAUUAAGCUCAGUUGAAAAUACAUCAGCAGAAGCAUGGACGAAUAUAUUGAAUGUUAAUGUACGUGGUUAUGCUCUUAUGGCUAAAGCAGUUGUUCCUCAUUUAAAAAAACAACGAUCAGGUUCAAUAAUUCAACUUGCUAGUAUAAGUAGUUGGAUUGCACAACCAGAUUUUGUACCUUAUAGUACAACAAAAGGUGCUGUUCUACAAAUGACACGUAAUUUAGCACUUGAUUUAGGUCCAUUUAAUAUUCGAUGUAAUGCUAUUUGUCCUGGAACUAUAGUUACAUCAGCUACAACUAAUCAUGCUGCUAAUUUAAAAUUAACAAUGGAUGAAUUUGUUACACAAGAAACGAAAAAACAAUGUUUAAAACGAUUAGGUUCACCUCAAGAAAUAGCGAAUUUUAUUGUUUUUCUUGCUUCAGAUUUAUGUCAUUUUGCAACAGGAGCUAGCUUUUUAGUUGAUGGAGGUUAUACGACUAUUUAA